UCCAGCGGGUGAGUCCUGCCGACCCGGCUCAAGAUGAAUGAAUGCUCGGUUGUCCAAUCAGGGGAGCCCGAGUUCUGAAAGACACUGAUUUCAGUUGAUCGAUGGCCGUGGUCGCACAGAAGGCGGGACCUGGUGGGGGCGGGACUUCCUGUUUCAAAUAAACACCCAGAGCCUGCCCCCUCCGCCCACCGUAGAGUGUCCCCUCCGGAGGCCUGUAGCCGUCGCCCCUGAAGAGUCCAGGGGCGGCAAGCGGGCUCAGUGCGAGGUAAUGCGUCUCAAUGAUCCCGCGGAAACGCUACGGGUCUAGGAACACGGAUCAGGGUGUCUACCUGGGUCUCUCAAAGACACAAGUCCUGGCCCCUGAAACUGCUGGCAGCAGAAGCAGCAGCAGCGACAUCACCCCUCUGCCCCCCCCAGUGACCCCGAUCCCUCCCCCUCCCGACACCAUGUCCUGUCGGGAUCGAACCCAGGAGUUUCUGUCCGCCUGCAAGUCCCUGCAGAGCCGUCAGAAUGGGAUCCAGACGAAUAAGCCAGCUCUGCGUGCGGUUCGGCAACGCAGUGAAUUCACCCUCAUGGCCAAGCGCAUUGGGAAAGACCUCAGCAACACAUUUGCCAAGCUGGAGAAACUGACAAUCUUGGCAAAACGCAAGUCCCUCUUUGAUGAUAAGGCAGUGGAAAUCGAGGAGCUAACAUACAUCAUCAAGCAGGACAUCAAUAGCCUCAACAAACAAAUCGCACAGCUUCAGGACUUCGUGAGGGCCAAGGGCAGUCAGAGUGGCCGGCACCUGCAAACCCAUUCUAACACCAUCGUGGUCUCCCUGCAGUCAAAAUUGGCCUCCAUGUCCAAUGACUUCAAAUCAGUUUUGGAAGUGAGGACAGAGAACCUGAAGCAACAGAGGAACCGGCGGGAGCAGUUCUCCCGGGCACCUGUGUCAGCCUUGCCUCUUGCCCCCAACCACCUGGGAGGUGGUGCUGUGGUUUUGGGGGCAGAGUCUCGUGCCUCCGGGGAUGUGACCAUUGACAUGAUGGACUCUCGGACCAGCCAGCAGCUGCAGCUCAUUGAUGAGCAGGAUUCCUACAUCCAGAGCCGAGCAGAUACCAUGCAGAACAUCGAGUCCACAAUUGUUGAGCUGGGCUCCAUCUUUCAACAGUUGGCACACAUGGUUAAGGAACAGGAAGAGACCAUUCAGAGGAUCGAUGAGAACGUGCUGGGAGCCCAGCUGGAUGUUGAUGCUGCCCACUCAGAGAUCCUCAAGUACUUCCAGUCCGUCACCUCCAACCGGUGGCUCAUGGUCAAAAUCUUCCUCAUCCUCAUUGUCUUCUUCAUCAUCUUUGUGGUCUUCCUUGCCUGAACCCUCUCUAUGUUGAAGCACUCCAUGGGGGGAGGUGGCCUGCACCCCUCCUGGGAGGGCAGGUGACCAGUGCUGCCACUGAGCCUGUGCAGGGUGCUUAGGAGAAAGACCCUGUUUUUCCCAGAACUGCUAAGAGUGGCCAAUGCCCUGGUCUCCCACCCCUUGCCUCCGGCCACCCAUGACCUCCCCUCACCAUCCCCAAGCCCAUGAAACACACACGGUUCUGGAUUUGGACUCUGCUGUGAUGGGGCUUGAAGGGAGCAGAGGCCAAUGGGGGGCGGGGGCAAAGGGGGAGAUUAUCUGUCUCUACUAGGAGAUUUUUAUAAACCAUCCCCCAGUCUCUCCCAAAGGAAACUUCGGCAGCAAGGGGAAAUGACACCUUCCCCCCCCCCCACCUUCCUGACAAGGAGAGGAAGUGAAAUGCCCCCUCCCCAGGGACCAAUUUUCCCAUCUGGGUUAGAAUUUGACCUCUUAACUCUCUUCACCAUGUGAGGCUGGGCCCCCUGAGCCCCACAGCUGCCCGGAAAGCCCCAGCUUUGGCUACCGGUGACUCUCAAUCUGCCAAAUAAGCUGCAACUGUUUUCUCCCAAUUACAGCAAGACUGUCAGCCUCA